AUGGAGAAUAACACUGCUAAUGUUGCUGUUGAUGCUACUGCACCUGCUGCACCAACUGUUUCUGUUGUUGUUCCAUCACCAAUUACAUGUGUUAAACCUUUUCUGGAUGUUUCAAAAAUUGAGGUUUUUGGUGGAAAUAAUUUUAACCGCAAGCAUGUUGUUGUUGACAAAGGAAAAGAAAUUUCAACUAGAAGCAUCCUUGUGGAGGACAACAACUAUCAGAGAAAAUCAAGUAACAGGUAUGACGAAAAAAAUGGUUAUAAGCCCAAAACCAACAAUCAAACCUUCAAGGAAAAAAACAACUGCUUUGUGUGUGGCAAAUCUGGCCACUAUGUUGUUCAAUGUCGAAAAAGGGUUGGGAAUGACAAUCCCACUAAGGCUAAAGUAAAUUUGACUAAAGCCAAAGUGGAUGAUAUAAUUGUUGCGGUUGUUUCCCAAGUUAACCUUGUGGCCAAUAUGAAAGAUUGGGUGUUAGCUUCUGGUGCCACUAGGCACAUAUGUGCUAACAAAAAAGACUUUGUGUCUUACACCCAAGUUGAGGAGGGAGAAGAAGUUGUCUAUCUUGCUGACUCAAGAACUACUCAAGUUCUUGGAAAAGGCACAGUUCUUCUCAAACUCACAUCUGGCAAAAAUUUGGCAUUGAAUGACGUGUUUCAUGUUCCUAGUAUCCGAACCAAUUUGGUCUCUGUGGGAUUAUUAGGAAAAGUGGGGGUGAAAGUUUCUUUUGAAUCUUAUAUGGUCGUAUUGACCAAGAAUAAUAAUUUUAUUGGCAAGGUGUUUCUCAGCUCCAGGUCCAAUCCCUGCAAAACACCACUUAGCAAGAGAUACUUGUAA